CCAUGCCAAACCAACGCCUCCAUCCAUAGACACGUGCUUUCGUUGGUUUCGCCCCUUUCACACUUGUGCAACUUGUCGCUUGAACCUUGAACUACUUGUGCUUUGCUUUCAUGCGACCCGCAAUACGUUCUCUGCGUUUCGUGUUGCGUCGCGCUUGCACCUCUGCGAAAGUAGCAGAAAUGCUUGGGACCGGUGCUCCGCAAGUAUCUCUGUGGAACGUGAAUUGAGUCCAGUGCGUCGGCCCUUCACUUGUCCCGAGUCCUGCAACAUAUUUUUUACCCAAGAACACCGAACGCGAUGACACGGAAUGGGUGGUGCGCGAAACAAAACGUUCAUGAGCUCCGGCUAGUGCGUCUGCGCUGCGUCAGAUGCACCGAUCGUUUUUGAAACCUGUUGCUUUAGCAGGACUGCUGAUGUGACUGCGCAUUCCACUACACUGCUUUGAUAUUCCUGUUUAUAAUCGAAUGCGGCACGUCUGCUAGGUUUGAUCCAGCGCUCAGCGAAGUCGAGGCUUACGUACUACACGGUUUUAGGACGCCCGCGUACUUUUCUUUCCCGUUCAAAAACACUAUCUCUGAAUGAAGUGAAGUGAAAGUGAGGAUGGCAGAAUGUAGCGGAGAACCAAAUCAUGGGCGAUUGCGACGCAUUCCAUGUGUACAGGGAUGGUUGUCAAUCCCUGCAAGAUACAUUUUUGUCCUCUUGGGCUUUUUUGCCCUCGUGAAUGUCUACACUCUCAGAGUGAGCCUAAGCGUGGCCAUUGUGGCGAUGGUGAAGCAUCCUGCUGAAGGGGUGGUCACUAUAAAUGGAACAGACUUCAUCAACUACACCCAAUGCCGACCAGACGAUGAUUAUCACUUGAACACUUCUGAUCUACUAGCAGGGCAGCGUGGUGAUCAGGCGGAGCGCUUUGACUGGGAUGCCCAGGUGCAAGGCCUGGUGCUGGGCUCCUUCUUCUAUGGCUACAUCUUGACAGUGCUGCCAGGAGGGGUGCUGGCCGAACAGCUUGGGCCGAAGUGGCUCAUUGGCCUUGGCGUUGUCAUCACCAGCCUGCUGUCCAUGGUGCUGCCCGCAGCUGCGCACGCGCACCACCUAGUUGUGGUUGCGAUCCGCAUACUUCAGGGUCUGGCGGAGGGGGUUGUGUUCCCUGCCAUGCACACCAUGAUUGCAUUAUGGACGCCGAUCACUUCUCGGAGCCGUGUCAUCUCGAUUGUGCAGUCUGGUUCUGACGUUGGUGCUGUGGUUGCCAUGAUGGCAUCUGGGGUUCUAGCUGAAUCAACAUUUCUUGGUGGUUGGCCGUCUAUAUUUUAUGUCUUUGGCUUUGCAGGUAUUGUAUGGUUUAUAGCCUGGUGUUUACUGGCGUUUGACACUCCUAGCCAGCACCCCAGAAUCUCAAGAGAAGAACUGGAGUUCAUCAUAGCCAACCAAGGAAAUGAACAGGCGCAACUGAAGCGGAAGGUUCCAUGGCUCAAGAUAUUGCUGUCCAUCCCUGUUUGGUCGAGUGUCCUUUCACACUUUGGAUUCAAUUGGAUUCACUACAUUUUUCUCUCUGAAAUGCCCACCUACCUGACAUCAGUGCUGCAUUACAGCCUCGGAGCGAAUGGAUUGCUUUCUGCAGUACCCUACAUUCUCGGAGCCUUCCUGUGCUGUGUUGCCAGCCUGGUGGCCGAUGUCUUUCGAAAACGUGGCACCAUGUCUAUCACCAACAACAGGAAGCUGUUCAACAGCUUAGGUGUAAUGGUGCCUGGCCUAUUCCUGGUGCUGGUACCCUUGGCUGGUUGCGAUGGUUUCUGGAACAUGGUACUGCUUGCCGUUGCGGGUGGCUUUCACGGAAUGGGGCACAGUGGUUUUAUGGCUGCUUUUGUUGACCUUGCACCAGACUUUGCAGGUACCCUUCUGGGAAUAUCCAAUGUCAUUGCCAGCAUUCCCGGAAUUGCCAUACCAGCCAUGCUAGGUGAACUGCUCAAGGAUCAGAAUCCCCUCGAAGCAUGGGCACUGUUCUACUACAUAGGGAGUGCAAUAGGCAUAAUCACAGCCCUGGAGUUUAUCCUGCUUGGCUCAGCAGAACUUCAGAGUUGGGGAGUUGACACAAAGUUCAAGAUUGUUGUUAAAUACGGCACUUCUCAAUCCGUCCAGCUCGGAGCUGAACCAACCGGGGGCGGCAACCAGUCACCUCCUACAAGCUAGUGCUUGUAGCGGAUUUCACAGUAGAGGGCGCAUCUUUUUUAUAACACUUGAUGGCAUGAGCAUUAUUGUACAAUGUGUGUGUACCACAUCUUUGCAUUCGGUGCUCAUGUGGUAAACAGACCAGUAACCGUGGUCCAUUAGGAUGGCCGUGCGGGCUUUUACAGAUUUAUGUGGCAUAUUCUUGCUUUUGCAAGCAGCAACGUGCAGACUUUACAGUUCCAGGCACUGUUUCAUGUGAUGGUUAUUACUAAGGGCUUUGAAGUGUUGUACAGUGCCCAACGAAUGAAAUGUGAUAGUGUGUUAAUGUGACGUGCUGCUUCCAAUUUGUGACUAAAAUAAGGUGAAGGUUUUGCUUGCCGUAUCCCAAAGCAGUAGUUUCCAUGGCAUUGCAACAAAUGCCAAUAGCAGACUGCUCAAAUUAUUGCUUUCAUUUAUUGAGCACUGUACUCAUGUGCAACAGAUGCCUAGACUUGGUAUGACCAUGCAUGCUUGUGCUGCAACUUAACUUACCAUUAAUAAAUAAAAAAGCAGCCCGAGUUGGUUUACUGCAAUUUCCUUGUUACCCUCUCGUGAUUGAUCUGCUGAAACUUUUUUGCCGGCUUUUAUGUGAAGUUUGCUUACCUGUCAAGCCUAGGCGAAAGCUGGAUUUCUUAGUUUGAUGAGUUUUCCUGACCUGUUUGCCUAAUUAUUUACCCUGAAUGUGUUUGAUACAUUUGCAGCUCUUGUGCAGCUUUAAAGAAUUUAUCAUUAUGGCUUGAACUGUGAUACACUUACAAGCCAAUAGGAACAAGGGCCUUAUAGUGUGCUGUACCUUAAAUAAGCCUUUCUUUUUGUACAGGAUUGACCCUUCAGAAAAAGAGGUGAAAGAAAUAGUGUUUAUAAUUUUAUAUAUUUGUUGGGCAAUGCAUUGCACUUACUACUGCUGUGUGGUCAUCAUUCUGUGUGAUGGACAUCAAAUGUACUCUUCACCCACUGAGCAUUCUGCUUGAAGAUUUCUGUACCAGGUGGUUCUUUUUUUUUUUUUUUUAAUGAUGAUUGUGAAGUCUAGGAGCCCUACUAGCAUUAGUUUAAUGGAAGUCAUUGUGGAAAAAAAAAACAACAACAACAACAAAAAACAAUAUCCUCAAAGAAGAAAGCAACCUGUACUUGAAAGAUGCCGUCUGCAGCUCACCUGCUCUUAAUGCAGAGCUGGUCACGCAACUUAUUAUUAUUAUUUUUUUUUUUGCCUUAGAAUUUACGCCCUAUGCUGUGGGAAAAUCGAACUUUUUUAUAGCUCCCAUCUCCCUAGAACAAUUUUUAGUUGGCUGUAGCAGUUGCGGUGGUUCUCGCCUAGUUGUUCUGUGGUUCCUGCCAUUGGGUAAUGAAAACAAACACUUGACUGAAGUUCCAUGGUGUUGGUUUUGUUAAUGGUGCCACACUGUGAUGAUGGUAAGAAAAGGUAAAAGAUCAGGAGCGAGAAGUUGCAAGCCAUUUAAGUUCACUGCAGGGUUCCUGAUGUUAUUGUAUACGUGCUUUUCUUCACUUCAUUGUUGCUAUCACGCAGUGACAUGCAAUGUGAAAGAGAGAUGUUAAUGUACAGUUUGUAUGUUUAUCUUAAUUCAUAGGUGCCCCUGUUGUGUGGACUUAAGCCCACAGAUAUGUUUUUUUUUUUUUUCUCUUUGAGUCUUAGUUCUAAGCUGUUUGGCAGGUAUAUGGGAAGAGUUGAAUCUUGCUUUGUCAGAGUGGUAUUUCUUGUAUUAUCACGCAUCUGUGUACAGGUGCUCUAAGCUCCGCUUUCACAGAAUUGAUAUUUCAUCUAAAAAGUGCCUUUUUCUACUCUUAUAUAUGAUGAGCUGAAACUUGCUUAGUUUGCAAAAGUAGUGUGCAGUGCCAUGUUUUCUUCGCUUUUAUGAGCCUUUAUGAACAAAUCACAAAUGUAAUUCUGCAUGGACUGUGCUAUUAUUCCUGUAUCAAAGUUUACUCUGUGUUGACUGAUUGUUGAAAACAUAAGUUUUGUAAGUAACCAGUUUCACAGGCAACAUCUUGACAAAUUUCAUGUAAACUCCACUGGUGCACUUGUUGAACAAUUGCACUGUUGUUGAUAUGCUGAGUUUGUUAUGUACCCAACAAGAUUUACAGUAUAUUUAUAUUCAUUAGCAUUUGUUGUUAGAGUGGUUAUACACUGCCACAACCAGCACGAAACCGGUUAUUAGUCAUAUUAUGCAAACAUUUACUCAAGUUUCUUACCUCAAGCAACUUAUUUGUUGUGGGCUGUUACAGUUGUAUUAUUUUUAAUAGUAGCUAUAUGGCCAGUUUAAGUGCCAAAUGAAAGUGUGUAAACCAGAUGUCGAAUUGCAAAACUUUUUUAUUUCUGUGCAUUUGUGCUCUUUGUACUCUAUGGUAUUGAAAUGCAGCAGUCUGACUUUUAGUUGCUGCCGUUUACUGCAAUAAAGUUUUGAAUACCUGUUAAAGUGUU